AUGGCCCUCUCUUCUCUCAGACUGUGGCCUCUACUGCUGCUGGCCUGCUGGCCUCUCCUUCCUGAUCUGACUCUUGAGAACUUCGUGAGUUUCCUGGGUGGUGAUAAUAAAUGUGAAGGCCAAGUGCGCUUGCAGUACGAUGGGCAGUCGGGCCUUAUGUGUGCAGACGGCCUGGGCAUGCAGGAGGCCUCGGUGAUCUGCAGAGAGCUCGGCUGCGGCUCUGUGAAGUUUAUGCCCCGGUAUGUUUUGACACCUGAAGAGAUGAAGCAACCUUGGCUAUAUGAUGCCCAGUGCCAUGGCGAGGAAUCCACCUUCUUGGAGUGCCGUCUGGGGUCCUGGGGGACCAUCAGUGGCUGCAAAUGCCAGUGUGUGGCUGUGAUUGUCUGCUCUGGUGGUGCCACAAUACACAUGGGUCUAGUUGAUGGUGGCAGUCCUUGUGCUGGGACUGCACAGGCCAUUGGGGCUUCCAAUUUUGCCCUGAGAUGUGACUUUCAUGAGAAGGAGGCUGGCGUUAUAUGCAGACAAUUGGAAUGUGGCACUGUUCUGCAAUGGUCCAGAGCCCACGAAUGGACUAAUGGGAACCAGGAGCAGAAGUACCUUACAUGCCAGGGAACAGAGACCAGCGUUUUACAUUGCCUGAUCAAUGUGAACUUCCUGGAGCAAUGUGACCUUCUGAGCUACACCCAGGUUGUAUGCACAGAAUCCACAAGAAGCCUGGAGGCAGAGACAGGUACCUGCUCUGAUCCUGUCAGCCUGGGGAACUGUACUCCUAAGGAGAUCUGGCAUGGAACUCUCUCUUGGGCUGUGGCCUUUGAUGCUAGCCUGUUGACACCUUCUUCCUGGGAACAGCAAAGGGUGGUGCCAGCACCAGGAGUCCUUUGUAUGCUACUUUACCAUGAGGAAUGGUCCAAAACUCACCAUGGAAGUCAAGAACAGAAAUUCGUGUCUUGCCAAGGAACAGAGGCUGACAUUUUCUACUGCAAGAUCAAUGUGAACUUUGCAGAGCAGUGUGACCUUCAGUCUUACACCCAGGUGGUGUGCACAGGUCACGUGGAAGCCCGGCUGCUAGGUGGUGUACACCCCUGUGAAGGACGCCUGGAGGUUCUUCGAGGAUUUACCUGGGGCACUGUCUGCCAUGAUGACCUGGACCUGCCCAUGGCCCACGUGGUUUGUAGGGAGCUGGGGUGUGGCACUGCUGUAUCCAUACUCGGGAGUUCCCACUUUGGCUACGGAUCAGGGCCUGUGUGGACAGAGGCCUUUCGCUGUGUGGGCAAUGAAUCACUGCUGUUCCAUUGUCUGAGGGAGCCUGGACACCAGUGUGACCAUGAUCAGGAUGCUGCCCUAAUCUGCUCAGGGGAAAAGUUCCGACUGGUCAAUGGCAGCAGCCGCUGUGAGGGCCGCGUGGAGCUUUUGGUACAGGAUGCCUGGCAACCCCUCUGUGCUGCCAACUGGGACUUAGCAGAUGCCACCGUGCUCUGCCACCAGCUCAACUGUGGCUAUGCAGUGGCCACGCCGCAAGGAGGCCACUUUGGAAAUGUGGAAGCUCCCAUCAGGACAGAUGUGUUUCACUGUGUGGGAACAGAGCCCCACUUACUGAGCUGCCCAACAAGCACCUUAGGGACCCAGGCAUGCGCACUGGGGAAUUCAGCCUCGGUUCUCUGCUCAGGUCUCCAGGAUGCCCUGUGGCUGAGGGAUGGACAGAGUCACUGUGAUGGCCGAGUGGAGGUCUUCCUGGAUGGCGCGUGGGGGCGUGUGCUGGACAGUGCCUGGGACCUGCGUGAUGCUGCUGUGGUGUGCAGGCAGCUCGGGUGUGGAGAGGCACAGCUAGCCUAUGAUGCUCUAGCUCCGGGCCAUAAGACAAUUCCUGUGGGGCUGAGUCUGGUGCACUGCUUGGGCUCUGAGACCCACCUGACCCAGUGCAAUGUGUCUGCUUCUCUGCUGGUUCAUGCAGGGACUUUGCGGGAUGCAGGCGUGGUAUGCUCGGGGAGCUUGCAUGUACGGUUGGCAGCGGGUAAAAGCCGCUGUGCUGGGCGUGUUGAAGUAUUCUAUCAGGGCGCAUGGGGCACCGUAUGCGAUGAUGCUUGGGACAUGCAGGACGCCCAUGUGGUCUGCAGGCAGCUGGGCUGUGGCCAUGCCCUCAGUGCCCCCAGGGCUGCCCACUUUGGAGCAGGAACUGGGCACAUCUGGAUGGAUGAACUGGGCUGCCUGGGUGAGGAGGCUGCUCUAUGGGAGUGCCAGUCAGGAGGCUGGGGCCAACACGACUGUGGGCACAAGGAGGAUGCAGGCGUCAUCUGUUCAGAAUUCAUUGACGUGAGGUUGCAAGAACAUAGUCAGCCAUGCACAGGACGCCUGGAAGUUUUCUACAAUGGGAUCUGGGGUGGUGUCUGCAAGUCUCUGAAUGCUGCCUCCCUGAGGGUUCUGUGUGAACACCUGGGCUGUGGGUCCCAAGGGCAACUACUGGCCAGGCCACGGGGCUCAUCUACAAUCGAGACUGUCUGGUUGAAGUCCAUUCAGUGCAGGGACAAGCAUGACAGGUCCUUGUGGCAGUGCCCCUCAGAUCCCUGGAACAGACAUUCUUGCCUCAGAGGCGAGGAAGCUUGGUUGGCAUGUGCAGGAAAGACAGAAGUUUCUCAGGAUAUGGAGCAGAUUACCAACUGCUCAUCAACUCUUAGCUGCCCAGAGGAAGGUGCACUUCGUGUACUUGGGAGUGAGGACGGCUGCUCUGGACGAGUGGAGCUCUGGCAUGGAGGUUCAUGGGGCACAGUGUGUGACGACGCCUGGGACCUGGCUGAUGCAGAAGUUGUGUGCCGGCAGCUGGGCUGUGGCCCGGCCAUAGCUGCCUUGCAGAGUGCUGCCUUUGGCCCUGGUUCAGGGCCUAUAUGGCUGGAUGAAGUGGGAUGCCGAGGCAGUGAGCUGUCUUUGGGAGCUUGCCAGGCAGAACCAUGGGGAUAUGGAGACUGCUCCCACAAGGAGGAUGCUGGUGUGCGCUGCCUAGGUAUCCCUGGAACCAUGGCAUCCGGCAAUUCUUCAGCGCCUCCACCUGUUCCUGAGUUCUGGACCACAUCUGAGAUUGCCUGUCUGGUCCUUGGCUGCCUCUUGGGCAUAGUCUUUCUGGUCCUGGCUGUUCAGUGGUGUCAUAGCAGAGCCAUCGGCCUGGGUUCUGGAGCAAUGGGGGAUCUGCCCUCAGAGGUUGUCUAUGAAUACAUUGAAACAGUCCCUAUGGAUGAAAAAGAGGAGCCAGCAGCAUCCCAGAGUCCGGUGCAGGAUGAGGAUUAUGAUGAUGCAGAAGAGCCCAAGGACAGCCCUGGGGAAGAUAUGGAGGCUAGGCACUAA